GCAACCACUACCAACAAUUCUUUCGAGAGGUUUAAUGCUGCUCGCUACAAUAAAAAGAUAAACGAAGAAGAAAAAAGUACAUUUGUGUGUUUAAGCAUCAGUGGCGAGGCUGGUAAAACGUUUUGACUUGGGAUGGAUGCUGAGCCAGGAGAGGAGGUGCUGCAGGAUCUGUACGCCUGGAUUGACCAGAUCCCCCUCUCCAGACCCAAGAGGAGUGUCGCCCGGGACUUCAGCGAUGGAGGUGAAGGCUGGGACGUGAUACAGGGCAGAGUCGACAAGCCUGGUCACGGGGAGCCACGGGCGAGCGUGUUUUGGUUUGGGAGCUCUCAGUUCUCUGAUUUGGUGACCUGUAAGCCUGAGUGGGUUGGGGCUCUCCUUGACUGGGACUGGAGACACCUCAUUAAAGGUGACCUGUCAGACUCGCUGGUCUGGGGCUUUGCAGGAGCAGGUAUUGAUUGUCUUCGCUGUUGUAUUUUCAGGAAGGUGUUCUCCAAGUUAAACUUCCACGUGCCAGAAGAAACAGUCAAAAAAAUAGUUCUGAGUACAGCAGGAGUUAUUGAGCCUGUCCUCUGCACACUGAGAAACAAGAUUAAUGAGAAACGCUUAGGAAAGUCUAUGAACGAGAAAUCAAGGACGCUGCCACAGGACUUGGAAUACUACAGCAUCAGCAAUGAGCAAUCACAAGCAGCAUUCACCUCAGUGAUGUGUGCUCCGAUACCAGUACAAGAGGCAUCUCGUUUCCUUUAUUUUUGUGCUUCCUUGACUUUCUUUUUGUUUUGUCAAAAAUAUUUUGUAAUGUUGUGGAACAGUUGCGGAUUCACCCAUUUAAAGCGUCAGUGUCCCCCCACUAGUUAUAAAGUUGUUUUUAAAGUAUUGUGCAAUCAGGGCCCACUUCACUGCAGUUUUUCUGUUUCCAUGUGUGUUUUAUUUUCGCUCUUGACAUGUAGGUCAGGUCAAAUAAAGUUCUACCCUGUAAUCCCUUAUGCUGCCCGGGAAAAGGCUGUCUUUCCCCAAGAAGGCAGAGGCCGAUAUUCAAGAUAUGUACAGGUGCCAAAAGUAUAUUCUUACACAAAUGAAGCUUCAGAACAGAGAAGACUGGACUGGACAUGUUCCCAGACAGACAGGCCUAAACAGAAACCGAGUUCUCAUGUGGACCCUGCAUUCCUGCUCCUGAUGGAAGAGAAGGAACAAGCCCUGCUUGCUCUGCAGGAGACCAUGGAGAUCUUGCAGAUGAAAGUAAACAGACUGGAACACCUUGUGCACCUGAAAGACCUGCGAAUUGAUGAUUUAACAAGGCAGCUGGAGAGAUACAAGUCAAGAGCUCACAUGAAAUGAAGUUACUUCUCUUACUAGCAGGAGAAGUAGAGGAAGUCAAAAAAAGUUCUAUGCGAUUCUUCGUAUAUCCAAGGUAGACUGGUGAAGGAUAGUUGAGAAUCGAGGACCCCUGUACCCUUCCCAAAAUAUAAAUUUCCAUAGGUAAUAGAGCUGGAGGUCAAAAUACUUUAAUUCAGUUUGUUCAGUGGUGAAGACGAGAACAAAACAGAGAUCGGAAACGGAUGAGGGAUCAAGCAGCAAAACAAACUGUAGGAAAUGAAUGUCCUUCUCUUAUGUGGUACUGUAUGUCAUGUCACAAAAGUUAUAAAUAGAAUCCAGACACUAAAUACAUAGAGUGUUGUAUUGUAUCACAUUGCUGGAGUUAAUUGUCACUGAUGGAUUUCUAUUUAUUUUUGUUAUUUUUGAGAAAUUGUGAAACAUCAGUUAGAAGCACCGUUGUCUGUAUUGCCUGUUUUUUAAUUAGGCCAAGAAAACCCUAUGAAAUAUAUUUGAACUAUUCUAUAAAUGUAUUAUUAAUUAUUGUGUCCACUGAUUUGGAGGCAGGUUAAGCUCCGUGUGGAGAAGAAAAGCUGUAAAACCCAAUCCCUGAGAAUGAACACAGUAUGAUGGUUUCUAAAACCCAGCAAUAAAUUGGUGAACCCUGCAAGGCUCGUC